AUGCGAUUCUCGGAAAUCAAACUCGACGAUAAAACGAUACUAAUCGAUGAAACGCGAACAAGAGCUUCAUCGAUAUCGUUACCAUACAGAGAUCGUCAUUCGCCGAAACAUUGCUCCACUGUUCAACAAGAUCGCAUACCAUUCUCAACAGAAAAACCAACGCCUUCGUCUGAUUAUCUCUAUAGAGAAAUUGCCAAAGCCAUAGGUCGGAAUGAUUUCGUUGACGAAAAACAUUCAUGGAAGCGAGCAAGUUGGAGUCCGUCUGUGCCUUACGAGCAUGGUUUACCACCGUCGGGAAGACGUCUUGAUAAUGAAUUACCAGUUUCAUAUCGAAAUUUUCAUCCUGUACGUAUGCGGCCUAAGGUAACAAGAUAUUAUCAACCAAAACAACAAUCGAAUUCCAGAUCAUGGGGAAGACCUGCUUCAUUCAACGAAAACUACGAUCGCUAUCUGACUGAUUAUCAAUCUGAGAAACUCACUAAUUCAUCCUUGAAUCGUACAAACACCUUUUCGAUCGAACAAUGUGAACCUUCAUCGUCAUCCUCGUCAUCUUCGGUUGACACAAUAGUGCAAAUUACAACACGUGCAUCGCCUUCACUAGAUACAAGUGACUUUAUCAGUGAUACAUCGACUGCUUCAUCAGUAACAACGACAAACACAGUGACAUCCUUAGCUUCAACCAUUCUCUCUCAAGCAUCUCGACAACGAAGUCCUAGUUACGAACGUCUCUAUUCAUCAGCUAUUCGUCCGCUUUUGAAUGAAUAUCAACAAGAAAUCUCUUCGCAGAUCGAUUACAAACUUUCACCACCAGUCUCUCAAGCAAAUACCAAUCGUUCAUCAUCGUCUCCAAUUUCUUCUCUUUUCACGGCUUCUUUUCCAUUCACUUGUUCGAAAGGUCAUGAACCAACAUUGUCAUCUUCCAUCGGGUCAUCUUUAAAUCAAUAUGCCGGGUUUACUUCACAAACAUUGAAUAUUGAUACAAUUGGAGACAACAUUAGUUCUCCAACAAUAAAAACAACACGUAGUGUAAUGACUAUGUCAAUGUCACCUAAUCGCCAUAAUAAUCAAAUGCGUUCGGCAAAAGCGAUCAUCACAGCAGCUCAAACAUCACCUAUCGCAAACGUCACAAUCACGACAAACAAUACGGAUGGAUUAAAGCAGCAACAGCAACGAGAUCAAACAGAAUCAACAAGUGUGUCGAAUAACGGUUGUUUAAAGUCGCCAACAAAUAAAAACAAUCGAAUAAAAAAAUCUGUUCAUUUCGAUUGUCAUUUGCCUCGAAACAUUCGCGUAACUUCGCCAGUACCCAUCAAGGAAAGUUGUUGUUGUCGUAGUAUAACAUCAACUACAGCCAGCAGCAGCAGCGAUAAUAAUAAUUAUCGGCCAACGGUUACAAUUGCAUCUUCAUCACCUUUAUUCAAUGGUAAUGUCGAUGGCGACAGUGACGAACAAAAGACGCUAUGUGAUGAUCAACGUCUUGUCGGGACAUCGAGAGAAAAUGAGAGAAAUGAAACAACGAGGAGGACAAUUGCUGUUAACCCGCUGACCACAACCACACGUACAAUUCUACGUUCUUUUUCUCUCUCUCCCUCGCCGCUAUCGAAAGAAAAGAGUAACAGCGAUAGCCGAGGACAAGAGCAAGAAGAAGAAGAAGAAGAAGAGAGAAAAAAAGAAAAUGUCGACGAACUAAACUGCACUACUAGUCGACGAGUAACAACUGCUGCUACUCACCUUCAUCGCACUACCACCACUGCUACAGUCACUUUCAAUGACGGCAGCAACAACGUCUCGCAAAAAAAAGAAUCGAAUAAUACGAACAAUUCCAAUACAAAUUCUAUAAAACGACAAUCAUUAUCAGUUGAUAGAUCUAUGCCGUUAAACAAUUUACUUGUUAAAACAUCUUCACUCAGUACAAUAAUCAAUCCGCAGAUUUCACAACAAUCGCCCACUUCCUCUACAGCAAAGAAACUACUCAGUAAUGGAUUUUUAAGUCUUAUUGGACGUUCGAACAGCAAUCAUAGCAAGUCAUCGACAUCGACCGAAGAAAAUAAACAAUUGCGACGUACAUCGUCCACCCAGCUACGUGCUCAGCGAAAAGCUAAACAGCAGACGACAUUAACAACAGGGACAAACGGAAAUAAACGUCUCAGUGCGGAUGUCGAAUCUAUUCUUCCUGUAUCUUCAAAUAAUAAUCAUCAUCAUUGUGAAACAUCCAACGAAGAUACUCAUACAUUUGACAAGGUUGCAACAAGUCAGGCGAAAGAACGACAAUCUACGAUGUCUCUUGUCUCAACACCAACGGACAAGAAUAUCAGUUCUUCGAAUAUCGAUUCAUCUGUCCCACUGUGCACAAACAGUAAUGGUAUUACAAAUUCCAUCUCGAUGUCAACGAACUCUUCGACGACAAUUAUUAAAUCUGACGAAGGAGAUUCACUAAACAAUGGUCUUCUUUUUCGACCGGUAACUGAUCCGAAAUGUGAUUAUGUUUUACACAAUCAUCAAACAGUACAAAAGGAACCCUUCUUUCUUUCACCACCUAAAUCAUUAUCUAAUGGAGAUGAAUCGACAAUGAUGCAAACAUCAACACUUAUUAUUACAACACCUCCACAAUAUCAUUAUUAUCUUUAUCCUCCUAUCAAUAAUACAAAUACAUUAUCAUCGUCAUCUUCUUCUUCAUCGGUUUCAUCGUCAUCGAAAAAAAAAUCGAAAGUCAUUUCGACGGCCAAUCGCACAAUCUCCAAUGUCAGUAUCAACAGUGUCAGCACGAGUUCAUCAUCAUCCUACCCAUCCUGUGAAUCUCAACCUCCUGAUAAUGAUUAUCAGCAAUCAAGUCAAAUUCCACUCAAUGCUGAAGAUGAAACAUUGUCAAGUUCAACAGUUUCCAUUGCACACAAUAACAUUAUGAAUAAUAAAACACAUCAAAAGAAAGUGGUUCAUUCUGCCUUGAUCGAUUGGAAGUUGAAAUCAUCGUCAGAAGUUAACGGUGAUUCGACAACAAAAACUAAACCUGUUAUAUUAUCUGACUCUGUGCAAGCCUUCUGGCCUCCUCCACCUUCACCAUCAACACUAGGCAAACACUCUGGAUUAACAACUGCUGAACAGGCUAAACAAUCAGAAUCAAUACCAAUACCAAAUCAUAUUCUGAGUUCAAGUUAUAACAAUGAAUCAAUGAAUGCCAAUCAUACUGAUCUAUUAUCAACAAAAGAAGAAAUAAGAUCUUACACAGAAGAACACAGAUUUAAUAGUGGUUGUCUCAGAAAUGCAAGUGAUACUUCUCUCGAAGAUACUCAGGCAUCCUAUACCGAACGUUUGCGUGAAAAAUCGCGUUCAAUAUCAAUGAACGGACCAAACGAUAUGUUGUCCAACUUCAAACGAUCGGUAUCCAAAGAUGCUCUGAAUGAUGGUCACAUGCGAUCCAAUAUGCAUCUAAAUUUCCAAGAAAUUCCUUCAAGAAGUGAACAUGUGCUUCGACCAAAAUCGGCUGGUCAACAAACACGAACAGCACAUAUCAUCUCAAGGUCACCAGCGAUCGAAAAUGACUUUCAAUCGAAACGAGAAUUUUUCGAAAAUCGCACCUAUACAGACAAUACUUCAUCGAAUCUUUCCUUAACAUCAAUUCAAACCAAUAUAUUACCAACGAAACCCAAAAUAUACACCUUAUCUCCAUCAACUUCUCAGACCAAUAACAAUAAUCGUCAUCUUCCACACCAGACACUAUCAAAUAACAGUCCUCAGCGUAGUAUAACCAGACGAUCUUGGAAUGAUUUAUCAUUCAGACAAUUACAACCUCCAUCAACACCCCCACCACUUCCACCACCUAUGAUUCCUCCUGCUCCAGCAUCGUCUGAAGCAUAUUUUGAAUCCACAUUAAACCAAACAUCGUUUGUUCCAAUUCCAACCAUUCGAAAACCAGUUCGUAUCGUCAAAGCAAUUCAACGUUCUUCGCCUCCUACACCUGAUUUGUCUCUACUCACAUCGCGUCCAUUGACAACAUCGAAAACUUAUUCACUCGCCAAGCCCGGUCUGUUCUCAGCAUCGCCGAUCAGUUCUGCUCAAAAACUUCCCAGUAAAUCUUCAACUACAACUCCUCGACGUUUUCCAUCACGUGACGAAAAUGAUCUACAAUCGAAUCUAAAAGAAUUUCUUCUUCGUUACUCUCACAAUCAUUCAUUAAAUGAACUAGACCGAUUGACUAUCUCGAAUGAUUAUCAUUUGAGUACAGACUAUGCUCGAUCAUUGUUUCCGAUACCUGAUCGUUUACGACGAAUACGUUCCCGACAGAGUUCAGGCGGUGAUACGAGUUCGAUCACGACAUCAAGUAAUUCAUCAUCAGAUUAUAUUCAUCGAACAGUAUCGAAUGAUAGUUGUAUUUUCGAUGACGACGAUACUCUUCGACAAGCGGAAGAUUUGUUGUGCAGUUUAAAGAAGCGACUGGAAAGUUUGAAAGAAAAUCAACGAAUUAUUCAUGAGGAAACAGAAGAUAAUAAAAUUCUUGGUGCUAAACUAAUCAGUAUCAUUGAAAGUACUGCGGAACCUAAUGAAAUUGAAAAAUUUAAACUACAUAUUAAUGAAAUCGACACGAUAACAUCGGUUCUGCUCAAACUAAGUAGUCGACUAGCUAAAGUUGACAAUGAUCUAUCAAGUCUUCCUGAAAACAGCGAACAGAUCAAGGCAAGUCUAAUCGAUCGGCGUGAAAAAGCGCAACAAAAACAUGAUGAAGCCAAAUCUUUGAAAGAUGGUAUCGAUCGUCGUAGUCGUACCGUGACAACUAUUCUUCGUAAAUAUUUUUCCAACGAACAAUACGAUGAUUAUGAACAUUUCAUUCGAAUGAAAUCAGCCUUACUAAUCGAUGGAAAGGAAAACGAAGAAAAUAUUUCAAUAAUCGAAAAACAAAUUGAUAUUUUCAACCAUAUCCUAAUGACAGAUUAUCCACAUGUAUCGACCGGAAAUUCUGCUGGUAAUCUGCAAACGAACUCAUGGAAACCUAUUUCGAGCACGGCCUAG